AUGAGGAUACUGGCUGUGGACCAAAUCAGAGACGAAACAUUAGCUAAUUUCUUUGCCACCGAGGGAAUAAUGUGUCGCUUCAUACCGCCUUCUGCGCCACACUUCGGAGAACGAUGGAAUCAAGUGCAAUCAAUUUACCAAGGCUUUUGGAAACGUUGGCAUACGGAAUACCUCACCUCGUCGCAUGAGCGUACAAAAUGGCAACUGGAGAACGAGAACUUGAAGGGCGACACCCUGGUCGUACUUAAGGAACCCAAGGAUGGAGCAUCCACAUAUUUUUCAAAGUUGUCUGAUAUCGGAGGCUUUGAAAUUAUUCACUUACUGGACCAGCUUAAUAAAACCUCAUCGGGAAAUUCAUGCGACAUAAAACCUUUUAUUCUUCAAGCCAGUGCCAAUAUGUUUUGUCAAUAUAUGUGUUCAGUCCGGUUCGAUUACAACGACAAAGAUUUUCAAAAAAUUGUUGAGUACUUUGAUGAAAUCUUUUGGGAAAUUAACCAAGGAUAUUCUUUUGAUUUCUUACCGUGGUUAAUACCGUUUUACAAUAAUCAUAAAAAAAUAGUUAAUUGGUCCACUACAAUACGUACAUUUAUUUUAGAUAGAAUUGUCAACCUUCGGGAAAUAAACGUUAAUUUAGAAGAGCCUGACAAAGUUUUUACUGAUGCUUUGCUAAAAAGUCUAAAAGAAAAUCAAGAUGUAUCGCGUAAUACAAUAAUUUUUAUGCUUGAAGAUUUUAUUGGGGGGCACUCCGCGGUUGGGAAUUUGGUAAUGUUGGCACUGGCGUACAUAGCUAAAAAUUCAUCGAUUGGUCAACAAAUUAAGCAAGAGGUACAUAUCGUUUCCAAUAAGGGCUUAAGAAGUAUUAGUCUUUAUGAUAUGAAUGUAAUGCCAUAUACAAUGGCUUCGAUUUCAGAAGUAUUACGAUAUUCGUCGUCUCCUAUUGUUCCUCAUGUAGCUUUGGAAGACACAGUAAUAUCUGGAUUUGGCGUUACAAAGGGCACAAUCGUUAUUAUAAAUAACUUUAUUUUAAAUAUGAACGAAAAAAACUGGAGUUGUCCCGAUCUAUUCGAGCCUGAGCGAUUUUUAGAAAUAAAGAAUAUAUAUCACAAAAAUCAUCCGUUAAAAUUGAUUGACUUUGAAAGAAGGUCGGAGGAAUCAGACCUCUGUGGUAGCUUUGACGAACAGAGAAACAGCAAGUCGGUGUAG